CAGCUUUGAACGUGCACGAAACUAGGACGGGAGUUGCGGCGGCACCAACAGGGCAAACCACUUAGAAAUCCGGCUAGGCUUGGAGAAAUAAGCGAAGAAAGCGUGCAGUGACACAAGAGCUGAUUGCCUAACCUCCGCAAUCUGCAGCCGUAACUAUAAACCAUUUGCUCCUAGCCCAGUUGGUCUUCUUUUACAACGACCGCUAUCCAUUUCGGGUUCUUUCAACCAUACACUCACUUUACAUCAGCCCCCAAUCAGUCGCAAUCCUGACAAAUGACGAUGCUAUCUCCGAAAUUUUUAGUCUUUGAUAGUAAGGCGGGGCCGAAUGUCGAAGGCGAGGGGUUUACUUAUUGCGUAUCGAGAGACGCCAAUGUUCAGUGGCCAAAGCUGGUUCGAAGAGGAAGACCGAGAAAAGAUCCUAAAGAACAAGGCCGCUCGUUGAAGUACCCGAUAAAAGAGGUAGACAGACCAACAAAGGAGCGCUAUGAGUUUGUCGACUGUUCGGAUGGGCAGCAGCCCAAUGACUCGAAUACUCGAAAGCUCGUCCGGACCCACGUCAUGCGCAAUUAUCGACGGCAGAAACAGAUAGCUGCGGAGGCAAAGCUAGGACCCCAAGGCAGGGGAAUUGAGAGUCAAGAUGAUGAUGAUGCAAAAACGAUGGCUGAACUUGAAUGUCCCCUUGUUCCAUCACUGGAACACUGGAGUGCAGACCCAUUUGAUAGUUUCCCGAUAGCUAUGCAACCAUACAUGCACGAACUUCUUUACGAAUACGUCUCUGCUGUGGCAGACCACUUGUACCCAAUCGAGGCAUAUUGGGGAUUCAAUCCAACAAAAAGUUCUGGGUGCCCCUAGCGCUGACCGACCCCGCUCUGAUGAGCUCGAUUCUAUUCGUUAGCCAUCAGUUUAGGGCACGAAUGAAUGGCCACAAGGAGCGUCCCACUGCAAUCAAUCACUUGCAGGAAACGAUACGGAUCCUCACUGAACGGCUUCAGAAUCCCUCGCAGGAAAUACGUGAUUCAACGAUCGCUACCGUGGCCGGGCUAGCCCUAACCGAACAAUCAAGCGGUAACCAGGUAAACUGGUGCAUUCACAUGAGGGGUACAAAGCGGAUGGUGGAGAUGCGAGGAGGCUUGUCUGCCUUUGAGUGUAAUCCCAUCUUACAUGAUAAGCUUUGCCGGGCGGAUAUCUGCGGCUCCGUCUAUGAUCUCUCGAAACCUUACCUG